ACCGUGUGUUGCAUAUUCGUAUCACUGGCCAAAAAAAGAAAAACACCGAUAGAAACACCGUGGAGUUCAAAUACUGAAGUUAGUUUAGAUCAUAACCAACUUGGUGGUAGGCUUCUCGACUCAUUGACCAUUUAGCAUUUUGUUCAUAACGAACUCAUGGAUCAGUCUUGCGAAACGUUGCUGUGUUGUUUUGUCUCAACAUGUGUCAUUGUCACGGGCUGCAUUGUUAUUCGGUAGCUUGUCACGCAAGCCUUUGUUUCCUGAUGCCUCUGGUACAAAAUGGCUGUCACUGAUCUUUCGGAGCCUCUCAUCUCCUCUUGCGCCUAAAUAUAAAGAACCAAGGCUGCCAUAGAGACACAAUCUCUUCCGUGUUGCUGUUUUCUUCGAGUGAAUGUCAGCGAACAUGACGAUUCAGGAUUAUAAAGACUUUCUGUGCAAGUUACUUGCCUAUGGAAUAUUGUUUUCUCGACUGAACAUAACAGAUGCUACUAUCACAUGGACUCUUCCUCCUCCACAACGUGGCCCGCUGCAACCAAGCGACAACUCAAUUCGAACAACGAUCCAGCAAGUAAUAACCGGUUCUUCUGAGGCACAUUUGACAUGGAAUUUCACUUUAUCAUCUGAUGAAACACUUGAUCGCAUGACAUUCGGAAUGGAUAUUACCCGAAUUGGUAAGAAAACAUCUUCAGGGACAAUUUCGAUAGAUCCUACCCUCAACUUUCAGGGGCAUUUUGACAUCAGUCGCAGUGAUCCAGCAACAUUGAUUAUUUACAAUGUGACAGAAGCAGAUGAAGCGGUGUUUUCCUGCAUCGUAGAGACUAACAUAAAGGAAUGGACUGAUAAAAUUGAAGUACAGGUUGUUGGUAAGUCGAUGAAAUACAUCCUGGUAUUUGAACUUUUAUAUCAUGUUGAUGUAGGCCCUGGACUGAUAAAAUUAAAGUACUGAUUGCUGGUAAGUGGGACGCCAGAAAUUAUAUAAGUAUUUGAGUGUUUUUUGGCAGAUCUUUAAAGGCAAAAAAAGGAGGCAAAGAUUUACAAUCAGGGAUAAUUUCAGCUUGUUAAAACAAAUCCAUUUAAUUCAGACAUACAUCUUAUCUACUAUAAUUUGCCUUUAAAUUCCUCAUAGAGAACAUUUGCCUGUGGUGUUCUAUCGAAUUUUAGUUCACGGUAUUCUACUGAUUUGCUAAUGCAAACGCCGUAAUCUGAUUGGCUGAACUAUCGUACAUUAUCAGCAAUUAUAGUUCACUUCUACUUUUCCCUUUGUCUUCAUUCACCAUUUCCACAUCCCCCUUAAUACACCUUGUUUGCCCCCCAAAUUUUGCAUAAGCAUUGUCUCCAGUUUCU